AUGGUGCAAGGCAUUGGUGGAAUGGGCCAGAUGCAUGGAAUGCGUCAGCCAAUCGGCCAGAUGGGCGAAAUGGGCAUGGGGCAGAUGCAACAGCCAAGGGGUGGUUGCAUGGGACAGAUGGAGAUGGGAGGGAUGGGUGGAGGCUGUAUGGGCAUGGAUGGCAUGGCUGGCCAGAUGUGCAUGGGAGGAAUGGGUGGCAUGGGUGCAAUGGGCAUCGACAUGGGUCGCGGCAUGGAUGGCGGCCUGCAGACCGGCAUCGUCGAGCCGAACCCUACUUUGCGCUCGAACCUCAGGGUCCGGCCGGACUGUUCGGCUCCUUCGCUGGAUGGGCAUGACGAGGCUGCAGCUGGCC